UGCACACUUCAUACAUUAUUAUGGUUGUUAUGAGUGAGAAAGUUAUAGAGGGUCAAAGAACAUACCCCCAAGACAUGCUAACCUCCCCUGUUAUUGGUACUGGUGAGGGGUUAGCAUGUCUUGAGGGUAGGAUCUUUGAGUAGCCAAUUGUCAUACAAGUAAAGAUGCCUUUGAAUAGAAAAUGACUGAAGUAAAAGUGAAUGUCACCCAGUAAAAUACUACUUGAUUAAAAGUAUUUGGUUUAAAUUAUACUUAAGUAUAAAAAGUAAAAGUUUAAAUCAUUUCACAUUCCCUAUUUAAGCAAACCAGAUGUCAUGAUUUUCUAUUAUUAUAUUUUAUUAUGGCUAGCCAGGGGCACACUCCAUCACUCAGCAUAUGCAUUGGGGUAGAAUUUCCCUCUUACAUUUUUGUGCAUUGAAUAAGGGGGGGUUACUAAGCUACAGUGCAUUCGGAAAGUAUUCAGACCCCUUCCCCUUUUCCACAUUAUGUUACGUUACAACCUUAUUCUAAAAUGACUUAAAUAAAUACAAAUAAUAAAUCUAUAUACAAUACCCCAUAAUGACAAAGCAAAAACUGUUUUAAAUAUAAUAUCAGAAAUACCUUAUUUACAUAAGUACCCAGACCCUUUGCUAUGAGACUUGAAAUUAAGCUCAGGUGCAUCCUGUUUCCAUUGAUCAUCCUUGAGAUGUUUCUACAACUUGAUUGUAGUCCACCUGUGAUAAAUUCUAUUCAUUGGACAUGAUUUGGAAACUUUUUUUAUAGAUUUUUUAUUUCACCUUUAUUUAACCAGGUAGGCCAGUUGAGAACAAGUUCUCAUUUACAACUGCGGCCUGGCCAAGAUAAAGCAAAGCAGUGCGACAGAAACAACAACAGAGUUACACAAACGUACAGUCAAUAACACAAUAGAAUAAUCUGUUUCCAGUGUGUGCAAAUGAAGUAAGGAGGUAAGGCAAUAAAUAGGCCAAAGUGGCAAAGAAAUUACAAUUUAGCAAUUAACAUUGUAGUGAUAGAUGUGCAGAUAAGGAUGUGCAAGUAGAAAAUACUGGUGUGCAAAAGAGCAGAAAAAAACAAAAACAAAUAUGGGAUGAGGUAGGUAGUUGGUUGGAUGGGCUAUUUACAGAUGGGCUGUGUACAGCUGCAGCGAUCGGUAAGCUGCUCUGACAGCUGAUGCUUAAAGUUAGUGAGGGAGAAAUAAGUCUCCAACUUCAGUGAUUUUUGCAAUUCGUUCCAGUCAUUGGCAGCAGAGAACUAUAAGGAACGGCGGCCAAAGGAGGUGUUGGCUUUGGGGGUGACCAGUGAAAGUGUGCUACGAGUGGGUGUUGCUAUGGUGACCAGUGAGCUGAGAUAAGGCAGAGCUUUGCCUAGCAAAGACUUAUAGAUGACCUGGAGCCAGUGGGUUUGGCAAUGAAUAUGUAGCGAGGACCAGCCAAUGAGAGCAUACAGGUUGCAGAUGUAGGUAGUAUAUGGGGCUUUGGUGACAAAACGGAUGGCACUGUGGUAGACUGCAUCCGAUUUGCUGAGUAGAGUGUUGGAGGAUAUUUUGUAAAUGACAUCGCCGAAGUCAAGGAUCGGUAGGAUAGUCAGUUUUAUGAGGGUAUGUUUGGCAGCAAGAGUGAAGGAGGCUUUGUUGCGAAAUAGGAAGCCGAUUAUAGAUUACAUUUUGGAUUGGAGAUGUUUAAUAUGAGUCAGGAAGGAGAGUUUACAGUCUAGUCAGACACCUAGGUAUUUAUAGUUGUCCACAUCCACAAGUCAGAACCAUCCAGAGUAGUGAUGCUAGUCGGGCGGGCGGGUGCGGGCAGCUAUUGGUUAAAGAGCAUGCAUUUCGUUUUACUAGCAUUUAAGAGCAGUUGGAGGCCACGGAAGAAGUGUUGUAUGGCAUUGAAGCUCGUUUGGAGGUUAGUUAGCACAGUGUCCAAAGAAGGGCCAGAAGUAUACAGAAUGGUGUCGUCUGCGUAGAGGUGGAUCAAAGAAUCACCCGCAGCAAGAGCGACAUCAUUGAUAUAUACAGAGAAAAGAGUCGGCCCUAGAAUUGAACCCUGUGACACCCCCAUAGAGACUGCCAGAGGUCCGGACAACAGGCCCUCCGAUUUGAUACACUGAACUCUAUCUGAGAAGUAGUUAGUGAACCAGGCGAGGUAGUCAUUAGAGAAACCAAGACUGUUGAGUCUUCCGAAAAGAAUAAGGUGAUUGACAGAGUCGAAAGCCUUGGCCAGGUUGAUGAAGAUGGCUGCACAGUACUGUCUUUUAUCAAUGGUGGUUAUGAUAUCGUUUUGGACCUUGAGCGUGGCUGAAGUGCACCCGUGACCAGCUCGGAAACCGGAUUGCAUAGCGGAGAAGGUACGGUGGGAUUCGAAAUGGUCAGUGAUCUGUUUGUUCACUUGGCUUUUGACGACUUUAGAAAGGAAGGGCAGGAUGGAUAUAGGUCUGUAACAGUUUGGAUCUAGAGUGUCUCCCCCUUUGAAGAGGGGGAUGACCGCGGCCGCUUUCCAAUCUAUAGGAAUCUCAAACGAUAUGAAAGAGAGGUUGAACAGACUAGUAUUAUGGGUUGCAACAAUGGCGACGGAUAAUUUUAGAAAGAGAGGGUCCAGAUUGUCUAGCUCAGCUGAUUUGUAGGGAUCCAGAUUUGCAGCUCUAUCAGAACAUCAGCUGUCUGGAUUUGGGUGAAGGAGAAGUGGGGGGGUGCUUGGGCCAGUUGCUGUGGGGGAUGUGGAGCUGUUGGUCGUGGUUGGGGUAGCCAGGUGGAAAGCAUGGCCUGCCGCAGAGAAAUGCUUAUUGAAAUUCUUGAUUUUCGUGGAUUUAUCGGUGGUGACAGUGUUUCCUAGCCUCAGUGCAGUGGGCAGCUGGGAGGAGGUGCUCUUAUUCUCCAUGGACUUUACAGUGUCCCAAAACAUUUUGGAAUUAGUGCUGCAGGAUGCAAAUUUCUGUUUGAAAAAGCUAGCCUUUGCUUUCCUAACUGACUGUGCAUAUUGGUUCCUGACUUCCCUUAAAAGUUGCAUAUCGCGGGGCCUAUUCGAUGCUAGUGCAAUACGCCACAGGAUGUUUUUGUGCUGGUCAAGGGCAGUCAAUUCUGGAGUGAACCAAGGGCUAUAUCUGUUCUUUGUUUAAAAAAAAUUGAAUGGGGCAUGCUUAUUUAAAAUGGUGAGGAAAGCACUUUUAAAGAACAACCAAGCAUCCUCUACUGAUGGGAGGAGGUCAAUAUCCUUCAAGGAUACCUGGGCCAGGUCGAUUAGAAAGGCCUGCUCGAAGAAGUGUUUGACACUGACGAGGUGUGGUCGUUUGACCGCGGACCCAUAACGGACGCAGGCAAUGAGGCAGUGAUCGCUGAGAUCUUGGUUGAAAACAGCAGAGGUGUAUUUGGAGGGCAAGUUGGUCAGGAUGAUAUGUAUGAGGGUGCCCAUGUUUACGGAUUUGGGGUUGUACCUGGUAGGUUCCUUGAUAAUUUGGGUGAGAUUGACUGCAUCUAGCUUAGAUUGUAGGACGGCCGGGGUGUUAAGCAUAUCCCAGUUUUGGUCACCUAACAGUACGAACUCUGAAGAUAAAUGGGGGGCGAUUAAUUCACAUAUGGUGUCCAGAGCACAGCUGGGGGCUGAGGGGGGUCUAUAACAAGCGGUAACAGUGAGGGUCUUAUUUCUGGCGAGAUGGAUUUUUUAAAGUAGAAGCUCGAACUGUUUGGGCACAGACCUGGAUAGUAUGACAGAACUCUCCAGGAUAUCUCUACAGUAGAUUGCAACUCCGCCCCCUUUAGCAGUUCUGUCUUGACGGAAAAUGUUGUAAUUGGGGAUGGAAAUUUCAGAAUUGUUGGUGGCCUUCCUAAGCCAGGAUUAAGACACGGCUAGGACAUCAGGGUUGGCGGAGUGUGCUAAAGCAGUGAAUAAUGCAAACUUAGGGAGGAGGCUUCUGAUGUUAACAUGCAUGAACCCAAGGCUUUUACGGUUGCAGAAGUCAACAAAUGAGAGCACCUGGGGACACACGGGGCCUGGGUUAACCUCUACAUCACCAGAGGAACAGAGGAGGAGUAGGAUGAGGGUAGGGCUAAAGGCUAUUAGAACUGGUCGUCUGGUGCAUUGAAAACAGAGAAUAAAAGGAGCAGAUUUCUGGGCGAGGUAGGAUAGAUUCAGGGCAUAAUGUACAGACAAGGUGCCAGUUAAGUUAUGUGCGGUCUCCGCAUGUGUGGGGUGUGGGACAAAGGAGCUAUUUGAGGCAUAUUGAGCGGGACUAGGGGCUCUGCAGUAAAAUAAAACAAUGAGAGCUAGCUCAAACAAAGUAUGCAAGGCAUAUUGACAUUAGAGAGAGGCAUAAAGCAUAAAGCAAUAUUGUGUGUAGAUUGAUGAGGGGAAAAACUAUUUAAUCCAUUUUUAAAUAAGGCUGUAACGUAACAAAACGUGGUGAAAGUCAGGGGAUCUGAAUAGUUUCUGAAUGCACUGUAAAUAGAAUUGUUUUUAACACAACCUUUCUUUAACUCUACAAACACUUCCUCACCCUCUUGACUCCACUUUAUCCUCUCGUGAUAACCCUCCUCCCCUUUGUCAAUUCUGUAAAGCUCUACACAAUGAGAUGGAAUAAAGUGUCUCACAAAAUUGAAAACACCCAGUUUAUUUUUCUGAGCUUGCGAGUUUGCUUGUUUGCUCUUGCCAGCUUUAACUUGUUACCUUUUAGAAUCCAUUCCCCUGGCAUUUCACACAGACUAUCCAAACCCAAAAUCGGUUCUAUCCCAGACACCAUAAAGAAUGAGUCCAGUAUUGCUGCUGACCCUACUGUAAACGGCAUGGAUAGUAAUUGCAUAACUCUUGAUUGUGUCCCUGUUACACCACUGAACGUAAUGAUUUGAGUGUCCUCACAGAGGCCAAAUACCCCUAUGCGUUACCCCAAACCCAGGUUAUGAGAGUCUGCUGAUGCUCAACUUAAUUUGCGCAUUCACCACGGAGAAGGCCGGCGCAGUAGUCCCGUCGAUUCGACUCUCAGAGCACUGCCUUAUGUAGUUCCAGUAAGAAUGCUGAGCCACUACACGGCAAUAGCACAAGGCCAAAUCUACACUUGACAGUAAAUGUUCCUGAGUGGCCGAGUUACAGUUUUGACUUAAAUCUACCUGAACAUCUAUGGCAAGCCCUAAAAAUGGUUGUCUAGCAAUGAUCAAUUUGGCCGAGCUUGAAGAUUUUGAAAAGAAUAAUGGGGAAAUGUUGCACAAUCCAUGUGUGGCUCUAAGAGCCGGCUCUUGUAGGUGAACGGUGGGAGCCGGCUCGCAUAUCAGAAGAGUUGAAUCUAUUUAUAAAAAUAUUUUUUUAAUUAAGAUAUGAAUAAUGAAAAUAUUUAAAUGAAUAGAUUUAACUAAUAAAAAUAAUUUAAAAAUAAUAAUAUAGGCCUAAAUGCUCAAGCGCCCACACAUUCGUUCUGACUGUCUGCUCAGACUAACAGCCUCACCUGUUGUUCCUGUCAAUGCAGUGUCAGCCAAUGAACCAAAGAUGCGCGAGGGAGGGCCGAGCCAACUCACUCACAGUCACACACUUAGCAGCCGAGGAGAGAGAGGAAGGACAGCUGUGAAAACAACAGCUGGAAAAUGAGUCGGAAGCACAGUAGCAUUUUAAUAAUGUAGACAAUGUUAGAGCACAGUGUAGAAUUUGCCAAAACAAAAUCUCAUCUAAAGCCUGUUCUACGCACAACCUACACAGGCAUAUGCGAACUGUGCACCCAACUGUGAGGCUAGCUGUAGUGGAGCUACGAGAAACUAGUGGGCCUGCUGGUGAUAGUGUUGGAGCCAGCACCUCCACACGUGGAGUUAAAUCCACUCAGCCAAGUAGGCCUACUCAACGACCCACAGCAACGCAGUCUCCUAUGGACCAGUUUAUGCCAAAAUCUAUGUCUGUACCAAAACAAGGCCAAAUUGACAGUGCAUUGGCUAAAAUGAUUGCUAUCGAUUUCCAGACGUUUUCGAUCGUGGAGGACAGAGGUUUUAGAAAUUAUAGCAAUAGUCUAAAUUCAAUGUACACAAUUCCAAGCAGGAAAACCCUUUCAAAAUCCCUUAUUCCACAACUGUACGAGAGCACACAGGCUUCAGUGAGGGAAAGAGUCCAAAAAGCUACUGCAGUUUGCCUUACCACUGACUGCUGGACAUCAAGGGUAACCACUUCUUACAUGUCGGUUACAUGUCACUUCAUUGAAGAUUUUUCGAUGUCUAGCUGUCUUCUAGACUGCUUUGAGUUCAGCGACAUUCACACCUCAGAGAACUUGGCAGAGGAACUGUUGAGAGUGGCCAGAGAAUGGCAAGUAGAUGGAAAAGUGGUCUGUUGUGUUAGCGACAAUGCAGCUAACAUAACCAAAGCUAUGAACAUUUUUAAAUGGACCCAUUAUCCAUGUCUUGCCCACAAAAUCAACCUGAUUGUAAGAGAUGCUCUGAAGGGGAUGAAGCCCACUGUGGACAAAGUGAAAGCAGCUGUGGAAUACUUCCACAGGAGCACAGUAGGUGCUGAAAAACUAAAGUUUACACAACGCCAGAUGGGGAAGCCCGAGCUGAGGCAUAAACAAGACUGUACUACAAGGUGGAUAUCAACAUUUUAUAUGUGGAAGUGGUUUCUUGAGUCAAAGGAUGCCAUCAUCUCUACCCUGGCCAUUGUCAAUGCACCUGUUGAUGCUCUGACCCAAGAGGAAUGGGGUGUGGAGGAAAGAGGUGUGCAGAGUCCUGGAACCUUUUGAGCAGAUCACUGUGGAGAUCAGGAGAGAGCUAUGUGACAGCCUCAAAAAUGAUACUCCUGUGUAAGGGUCUGCAGCGAAUCACACCCAGCCGCCAGAGAAAAGCAAAUGUAACCACAGGACAUGUGACAGAGUUGAUGGAGACCCUAUGUUCAUCAACGGACAGAAAGUUCCACAGAAUGGAAAAUAAUCACGUGCUAUCAGAAAUUGCUGCACUUGACCCCAGGUUUAAGACGUUAGCCUUCAGUGAUGUCACAGCGAUUGAUGAGGCUCUUCAAAGAAUAACCUCAGCAGCAGGGAGGGACAGUCCCAGCAGAGCUGGCUCAGGCACCAGGGCAACAGGAAGAAGAGGGAUCAGAUGGAGCAGAAGCACCAGCAGUAGUGCCACAAACGUCUGCUUUUGGAUGCUGUUUGACGAGAGAGCAACUGGGGAUGCAGCACAAAGGAAUCCCUCAGCAGAUGCCUUAAUGGAGGUCCGAUCCUAUUUGGAGGAGCCUCUCCAAAGAUCUGCAGAUCCUCUGAGUUGGUGGAAUAACAAGCCCUCUGUCUACCCACGGCUUACUAAAGUCAUGACAGAGAGAUUCUGCAUAGUAGCCACAUACGUUCCCACUGAGAGGGUCUUCUCGAAAAUAGGGACAAGUAAUUACUGAGAGAAGAAACUGCAUCAGCCCCUCGAAAGUGAGGCAGCUUUCAUUUCUGAAUGCAAAUCUCUCAUAAAAGCUAAAUAUGGUCAGCGUCACUGUGUGCUGCUGGUUAUAACAUGGCAAUAAAUAAGAGAGAGAAAAGAGGGACCAGUUUAAUGUUUUAAGUGGGAUGCUGCAGUUUUCCACAUUGUUCAUUAUUUUUCUUUGAUAUGGUGCAAUAUUCUAUUAUGCUGCUCAGAUUGUAUUCAUUUUGAAUGAUUAGAUUUAUAUGCACUUAUUUAAUAUACAUUUAAAAAGUUAUAUUUUAAAUGCACGUGUUUAAUAGCAUUCUUUUUCAUAACAAACCAAUGCAUUUUUAAAUACAUUGUGGUUAAGGUAGAGUAUGGUUUCAUUUAAUAACUUAAUUAGAAUUAGUUUAAAACAGAUCAUAGUCAAACGAUCGCAAACUGUUUGACUUGAAAAAAUACAAAACAUAUUUUUUGUUAAGAGCCGUUUGGGAGCCAAAAGAGCCUGCUCACUGAAAAGAGACGUAAUGUCCAUCACCACUCAAUAUUAUGAAAAUUAUGAACCGGAAUGACAUUUACGCUAACGGGUGGCCAUAAAGAACUAGCUAAAAGCCACGUCUCCAAUAAGCCACGCCUCUAAUCUGACAGUCUGUCACCUCUACAAUAUAUUAAUUAAAAGGUUCAACAUUUAACCCCUCACCUUACAAAAAGUUUCCAGUUUGAACUUUUACACAGAGGUUCUUCUGAGACCCUUUUCAGAAGGGUUACUCCAGGACCUGCAAAGGUUCCGCUGGUGUGGCAAACCAAAAGGUUUUUCCAGGCAGCUUUACUUCUAGGAGUGUACAGUCAUUAUUGCUCAUCUUUAUGAAGGGUGUUAAUCAUUUCAGGACACCACUGAAUGAUAAUGUACAUAUGAAUGUGAAUGCACACGUUUGUCAUUGUAUAUACAGUAUAUGAACACGUUUAUCAUAAUGUAAAAUUGUACUGGAACAAUGCUAUGAUAUUAUGUUGCAUGUUCAUUCCUUGAUAUAGUUUGAUACCCAAUAUUAACCAUUGAUAUCCUUUCAUUCAUUGAUAUCAGAUAUUAUGUUGCUUGUUCAUUCAUUCAUGUCCCUGUUUGU